GCUCUAGUGAAGAACGACAAUGGAGUUCGAUUCCAUCCUCGCGAGCGCAUGGCGAGAAGCUCUCGUAGCUUACAAAGCCAACCUCGAAUCCCUCCGCAAGCCUGACCUCCUCCCGCUCGACGCCUUCUACCGCUGCGAGUUGCCUCUCCUCAUCCAUGGUCGCAAUCCCGAUCCUUUCAUCACUAAGCCCGAGCUCCGCCGCCUCAUGCAAUGGAAGCUAUCCCGUGGGAAAUGGCGCCCGCGGUUGCUCGAUUUCGUCUCGUCUCUUGAUGAAUCCCAGGUCGAGAUUGCGUCACGGAAGGCGUUCCAAUGCCUUCCUGAUCUUUCAAAAGCCAUCUCCGAGCUCACUGUGCUGAAAGGGGUCGGGCCGGCGACAGCGUCCGCUGUUCUCGCCGCCUAUGCGCCGGAGGUGGCGCCGUUCAUGUCCGAUGAGGCUGUGAUGGCGUCUAUGGGGAGUUUGAAGGACUAUAGUUUGAAACAGUACCUUGUGUUUGCUGAGAAGCUACAAAGCAAAGCUAAGGAAUUGAGUGAAAAUGGGGAUGUUUUUACUCCAUCAGAUGUGGAGAGGGCAUUGUGGAGCUCUGCCAUUAAUUCUAAACUAAAAGCUUCUCAAUCAGAGGAUAAAUCAGAGGCUGGUCAACAGAAAAGGGCCAAAAGAAAGAGAAAGUAUUAAGACCAUGGUUGAGAGUGAGCAGUUCUUUUCGUAUGAAACUCUGCAUGAAUGCUUGUAUUUAUUAAUGUUUAAAUUAAUGCUACUUUUUAGUUAUGAAAAAUUGAAAAUUAAGUACUAACUGAAACAUCAAACAGAUCUCUUUUUAUGAAUGGAAGAAAAAUUAGAAUC